CGCGCCGUCGGGGCUGCCCGGGCGCGGAGAGGUGGCCCCGGGGACCCCGCGCGGCCUGUGGCCCGUGCGAGGCCGGGCGGCUUGCAGCCGAGCCCCGGGGCGCAGGAAGCCGCUCUUCCUCCCCAGCCCCCGCCCUCCCCGCGCGGCGCACACCUCCUCCCUGACGCAUUUUGCCGCACAGGCUGUAAUAUGGCGGCAGCGACAGCGGCCUCGGCUCCCGGGAGCUAGGUCCGUUUUGAAUGCUUCCAAACCGUGAGACCGGGCGCUGCUGCUUGGAGCAAAAGGAUUGGCUCAGUUGUCCUUGGUGGGUUUUUGUAUUUUAUUGUUUGUUUCCCUCAUUAAAGAUUGAGCUAUUGGAACCAUGGGAAUAAAGGUCCAACGUCCUCGAUGUUUUUUUGACAUUGCCAUUAAUAAUCAGCCUGCUGGAAGAGUUGUCUUUGAAUUAUUUUCUGAUGUAUGUCCCAAGACAUGUGAGAACUUUCGUUGUCUUUGUACAGGUGAAAAGGGGACCGGGAAAUCAACUCAGAAGCCAUUACAUUAUAAGAGCUGUCUCUUUCACAGAGUUGUCAAGGAUUUCAUGGUUCAGGGUGGUGACUUCAGUGAAGGGAAUGGAAGAGGAGGAGAAUCUAUUUAUGGAGGAUUCUUUGAAGAUGAGAGUUUUGCUGUUAAACACAACAAAGAAUUUCUCUUAUCAAUGGCCAAUAGAGGGAAGGAUACAAAUGGCUCUCAGUUCUUCAUAACAACGAAACCAACUCCUCAUUUAGAUGGGCAUCAUGUUGUUUUUGGGCAAGUGAUCUCUGGUCAGGAAGUUGUGAGAGAGAUUGAAAACCAGAAAACAGAUGCUGCUAGCAAACCAUUUGCUGAAGUACGAAUACUCAGUUGUGGAGAGCUGGUUCCAAAAUCUAAAGUUAAGAAAGAAGAAAAGAAAAGGCAUAAGUCAUCGUCUUCAUCAUCAUCCAGUGAUUCAGAUAGCUCAAGUGAUUCUCAGUCCUCCUCUGAUUCUUCUGAUUCAGAAAGCGCUUCUGAAGAAAAAUCUAGAAAAAGGAAAAAGAAACAUAGAAAAAACUCCCGAAAACAUAAGAAGGAGAAGAAGAAGCGAAAGAAAAGCAAGAAAAGCCCAUCUAGUGAAAGUGAAGCAGAAAACCUUGAUGCACAGCCCCAGUCUACUGUCCGCCCAGAAGAGAUCCCUCCUAUACCUGAAAAUAGAUUCCUAAUGAGAAAAAGUCCUCCUAAAGCUGAUGACAAGGAAAGGAAGAACAGAGAGAGAGAAAGAGAAAGAGAGUGUAAUCCACCUAACUCCCAGCCUGCUUCAUACCAGCGACGAUUCUUAGUUACUAGAUCUGGCAGGAAAAUUAAAGGAAGAGGACCAAGGCGUUAUCGAACUCCUUCCAGAUCCAGAUCAAGGGAUCGUUUCAGACGAAGUGAGACUCCUCCACAUUGGAGACAAGAGAUGCAGAGAGCUCAAAGAAUGAGGGUGUCAAGUGGUGAAAGAUGGAUCAAAGGGGAUAAGAGUGAGUUAAAUGAAAUAAAAGAAAAUCAAAGGAGCCCAGUUAGAGUAAAAGAGAAAAAAGUAACAGAUCACAGACACAUGUCUGAGAGUCCAAACAGAAAAAUAGAAAAGGAAAAGAAAGUUAAAGAUCAUAAAUCUGAAAGCAAAGAAAGAGACAUCAGAAGAAAUUCUGAAAAAGAUGAUAAAUAUAAUAAAAACAAAGUGAAGAAAAGGGGCAAAUCCAAAAGUAGGAGUAAGAGCAAAGAGAGAUCCAAGAGUAAGGACAGAGAUUCCAAGCACAACAGACAUGAAGACAAGAGGGUGAGGUCAAGAAGUAAAGAAAGGGAUCAUGAGACUGCUAAAGAAAAAGAAAAACAGUUGGAAUCUAAAGGGAAAGACCAGGAAAGGAGUAGAAGCAAAGAGAAUUCUAAACAGGUAGAAUCAAAAAGUAAUGAGCAUGAUCAUAGCAAAAGUAAAGAAAAGGAUAGACGUGCACAGUCUAGGAGUAGAGAGCGUGAUCUGACUAAGAGUAAACACAGUUACAACAGUAGAACAAGGGAGAGAAGCAGAAGUAGGGACAGGAGCAGGAGAGUACGGUCUAGAAGCCAUGACAGAGAUCGCAGCAGAAGCAAGGAGUACCAUAGAUACAGAGAACAGGAGUAUAGGAGAAGAGGAAGGUCACGAAGCCGGGAUCGAAGAACACCGGGACGAUCGAGAAGUAAAGAUAGGAGGAGAAGAAGGAGGGAUUCCCGGAGCUCAGAGAGAGAAGAAAGUCAAAGUAGAAACAAAGAAAAGUAUAGAAGCCAAGAAAGUAAGAGUUCACACAGAAAAGAAAAUUCUGAGGGUGAGAAAAGAAUGUACUCUAAAAAUCGUGAUCAUAAUAGCUCAAAUAAUAACAGGGAAAAAAAGGCUGAUAGAGAUCAAAGUCCAGUGUCAAAAACAAAACAAAGCAGUCAGGACAAUGAAUUGAAGUCCUCCACGUUAAAAAUUCAGGAGGACGAGAAGACCAGAUCUCCAGUGGAAAAAGAAAACCAAAAAUCAAAGGGUCAAGAAAAUGACCAUGUACAUGACAAAAAUAAAAAGUGUGAUCAUGAAUCAAGCCCCGGAACAGAUGAGGACAAAAGCGGAUGAGUGAGUUGUAUACAUUUAUUUCCUUCCUGUCUCAAAUUUUAAGUUCUCAAGACUUACUGUUGAAUCUCCUUUUUGUUGUUUUCAUUGUUUUGGGUUGUUUUAUGUUUGUCUUUCCCCAUUACCCCCCCCUUUUUUUUUUAAAUGUGGACUUCAUUGAGUUGAUCUUUUGAUAAUCUGACCUGGAUAAUUUGUACUGCUAAAGUUUUAAUAAACUUGAAAUGAAAAAAAUAAAAAAACAACACUUUGGUGUAAUAUUGUGUGCUAUAUUAGACUAUCUUAUGUAUUCAUUUUUGUGUUGCAGCAGUCAGUAGCAGCCUACUUUGCUUAGUCAGCCAUUUGGAAACAAGCUUAACUGUUGGUUGCAGUACAUUGUUAUACAAGCUUGUAUUUCUUUUGAUAAAAAUCUCUUGAGGAACCAGUAGAAGUUUUGUAUUGUGUUUUGUUUUGCAUUUAUAAUUCAUAAGCUUACAGCAAGUUCUUUAAUUACACAGAAGCAGGAUACUUAUAUGUGCUCUUAAGCCAUCACUUGUACUUUAAUUACUUUUCCUGUGCUUCAUACCUUACUUAUACUUUACAGUUCCAGCUAUAGCUUGUUUCUUAAUAUUGUCCAUGUUGCUCUGUGAGCUGUGAAAGUGAGAUGAAUGCUGUUUUCAGUUUAUGUGCUGAUUGAGCUUGAGUUGCUGUUAUACAGCAUUUGACAGAGAUUAGACCUUGGAAGAUCAGACUGUAAUUUUAAUUCUUUGAUGCUUUUGGUGUGAGGAGCUGAAGUUGUUGCUUUUAAAGAACAUGUUAUUACCUUUUUCUACAAUUUAAAAACAUUUCUCAUUAAAACAUAAUAUUUGUGUAGGUCCUUCUUAAGCUAGACAGAUUCUGAAAAGCAUUAGUAUUGGAAAUACAAUUUCCCUAUUUUGGCUAUUAGCCUGUGUCACAUUGAGUGUUAAUUAUGCAUGGUUUUGUUUUGUUUUAUUUUUUUAUUUUUUAACUUGGACUAACUUCUCUAAUUCUCAUAGCUGUGAUUAUGAAAUGUCAAGAAGAUGCAUCUUUCUAUAUAUGUACCAUGAUAGGCUGCAGCAUGUUUGUGACUCUGGUUUCUUUCUGUUCAGAUGGCUUUAGACCAGUUUACUGUUGACAUUAUUUUAACUUGGCAUGUAUAACAUUGCCAUGUAGAAUAGAAUAGAAAGUUGCAAAAUAUGAUAUCUUACAGAGUUAAACACUAAAACAUAUCCGAACUCCAUUCAGAAUUUUGUGUGUUGUAUUUUGCUAUUUUUGUGAUGUAUGGCCUUUUAUUCUGUAAUAUCCUUCUAAAUAAAAAUAUUGAACAUCCAGCAAACACAAAACCUGCCUCAUUUGAAAAAUAUUUCAAAACUCCAGUUAAUAGUAGCCUUUAGAAAGUUUUGUAAUAUUUGUCAGUAUAGUGUCAACUCAUACCAAGGUAGCUUCUAGGUAAACCCAGUAGCUACUCAAUGCUGUUUGUAAUGAAUAAAGUGAUGCCUAAUAUACUUCCUAUUUUUGAUUGUUACAUUAAGAUGUAUUUGGCAUUGUAGCUGGUACAGAAUGAAGUGUGCAGUGAUUAUAAAACUGAUUGGAAUAUCCUAAAGCAAAUACCCUCAGUGGAUUCUUUACAAAUUGUUUUUCCUGAUGGGAAAAGUUAGCAUAUAUAUGAUCUGUUACAUGUCUGAAACAAAUUGAUUGUGUCUUGAAUUCAGUCAAUUGUGUUUUAAAAUAUAUCACAAACUACCUGAUCUUUAAGAAAGAAAUUUUUACUAACAUUUUAAAAAUCCAUACUAAGUAAAAAUACUUUUUUUUCUAGUCCUAGAGCUUUUACCUGUUAAUAUAUAUAUAUAUAUUAUAAACAAGGACUUUACAUUUCUUUUUAAAAAAUAGGUACGGGAGAAAAUUAGUAAUGUUUGUAAUGUCCCCUGUUUGGGUCAUAAAGAGAGCAGCUCCAUGCUGAGUGUUCAUGGGCUUUCCUGGCCCCAGCUUUGUUAGUUUUUUCAGUAGAACAGAUGUGGGGUAAAGAGACAAUCAUCUAGAUUUUAUUUUCAGAAUAUAAAGAACAUUUAGAAAACUAACAGCAUUAAUUAUACCCAAGAUCCACAGUUACCUAAUUGUACAAAGCUCAAGUCCUUGUUUUAGUAGUUGUGCUAGUAGAAUUUUAGGUUUUUUAAUUUUAUUUUUGUUUUUUAACUUACAUUUUCCCAAAACUUUCCCACUUGAAUUAUCCCAUCAGAUUGGCUAUAUAGGAAUAUCUGAAUUUACAGUUAAUUUGUAAUUUUUUUCUUAAUACCUUUUAAAAGUAUUUUCACUUGCUUUUGUUGCUUCAUUCCAAAGCUGAGGAAAUUAUUUCAGUAUGUAAGAUUUUAAUGAUUAUUGUGUGAAUUGUUUUUCUGGGUAAGUUAUCUACCACACUACAAAGAGGUUGUUAGAGAAAACAUGGUCCUAAUACAGAAUGGACAGUGCAGUGGGGAUGGGACUCAUCAGAAUUGUGGAACAGAUACAAACAGUAGACUGGCAGAGUAAGGAAACCACUGGUUGUUUUAAGACAUUCUUUGACUUACAGUUGAUACUACCGUAGAACUAGUUUCUUUUAAAUUGCUUUAUUGGAGCCCUUAGAAUUGUCAGUAAUUAAUCUGCUAGAUAUUUCUUUGCCCCAGUGUAAUCCAGAUGCUCGCUGGCUUUGCCAGAUGGCCUUUGCUUGUAUUCAGAGAAGAUACUAAACUAAAAACAAAAAACUGCUUCAUGUUCUGCAUAGGUACAUGCUAGAUUUCUGGUAUUUUGGGUAAUAGUAUUAACUGAUGCAUCUAACUUAUUUUCUAGUGAGUAUUUAGAGUAGUUAGUAUGAUCGGUAGUAGUUGGGUGUGCUUUGUUCCACAUAGUAAUAGUUUUUAUCAGAGAAUGUCUUACAGCAAAUUUCUGUUACUUUCUCAGAGAAACUUAGACUUUAACUGGUUGGUGGAAAGAAAGUAAAUGAGCAUUUUUCCCUUGUCUUUCAUUUCUAUGUACUGUAAUUAUUCCUUGUAGGGCCUAUGCAUUUACAGUUGGCAAACUGUGUAGUUUGAUAAACUUUUCAUUGUAAGACUAUUUUUUAGACUAAUUCUUGUUUUAAAAAAUAAAGUAUAUCCCAAGCAAAUGCAGUGCUAACUGCCGUCACUGCCUGCGCUGGGCUUCUGUGCUGCCUUGAAGGGAUUCACCUGCUGUGUGACAAAUAAUUAAACAACAAAUCACAUUUUUGAAAAGGCCACUCAGGUCUGGAGAGAUGGCUCAGAGGUUAAGAGCACUGGUUGCUCUUCCAGAGGACCCUGGUUCAAUUUCCAGCACCUACGUGGCAGCUCACAACUGUAAUUCCAGUUCCAGAGAAUUUGUUAUCUUCACACAGACAUACGUGGAGUUAAAACAUCAAUGCAUAUAAAAAUAAAUCUUAAAAAAGGGGGCCACUCAGGCCAAUGAAGGAUUGUGGUCAACUGUGUUCACUUUCUUCCCUCCUGUUCCUUCCCUUUUUUUUCUCCCUCCCCCAACCCCCACUGCUGGAAGAUGUAUUUCUUGUAUUUUUUGGUUUUCUUUUUAUACAAUUCCAUGUUACUAAAAGCACAUGGUCUGUAUUUUCUGGACCCUCCCCCCAUGUUUAUAGUAUUUUUGAAAGAUUGAUGCAUAAAUUGGGUAUUUCUAUGGGAUCUUAUGGUGUGGCUGCUCUCUGUGGAAGGGGAAAGCAUAAUUAAGUUAAUGCACUUCUUUUCCUAGCUCCAAAGUCACUGUGAUGUAUAUUUUUUUAAUGGAAUUUAGAAAACUUGUUUUCUCAAUUGUAAAAUUAGUUUAAAAAUGCUGCUUCUCUUAUCAUUAGUCUAGUAAAUGUUUUUCUGCAAAUGCAUUUUACAAAAUUUAAACUUCAAACUGUAUUAACUUUUAUAGUUAAACAUUGUGUUAAAUAAAGUAUACUAUAAUAAACAA